AUGCACCUUGUGCGCAUCUUCUUGGGUACGGAGGGUCCCAAGGUUGGUAUUGUGGGCAGGACCGGUUCGGGCAAGACAUCGUUGUUGCGAGCGAUUUUCGGGUUGUACCCUUACUCUGGCUGCAUCGACAUCGACGGAGUGGACAUCUCCACGCUGCCGGUACAUUUGCUGCGCUCGAGAUUGGCCGUCAUUCCUCAGGACCCGCUCCUGUUCGCCGGAACCGUUCGCGAAAACCUCGACCCUUCCGGAGAGCACCCUGAUACCGCCCUUUGGCAAGCUCUAAGAAGCUCCCGACUGGCCGAUGGUGAUCUCGACAGAGAUUCUGCGGGUGGCGGCGACGACUCAGUCGGUGCCGGUUGGGGCGAUUCCUCGGCUACGAAAACCGACUCAACGAUUGGCAGCGGCGGCGCUGUCGCGAGGGGGAGCGGCGGGGGCUUCAGGCUGGACACCGAACUGGACGGGUACGGGGUCAACAUGUCUUCAGGCCAGAGGCAGCUUCUCUGCAUCGCGCGGGCCCUGCUGAGGAGGUCCAAGAUCGUGUGUGUCGACGAAGCCACGGCAAGGAUGGACGUGAGGACCGCGAAGCUGGUGGACGCAGCUAUGGCAGAGGCGUUUCGGGAUGCCACCGUGCUCACAGUCGCGCAUCGCCUGCCCCCGGUGUUGGAGUCCUGCGACAAGGUAGCGGUGAUGAGCGAAGGACGUGUCGUCGAACAAGGGAGGCCAAGGGAUCUCGCCGCCGAUACAACAAGCCGAUUUAGCGCGCUCCUGCGUGCCCAGGACGGAGGGGGAAAUGUAGCCGCGUAAUAUCGUCGACCAAACGUGAUCGUGGAUGACCAUGUCAGUUAUGAUUGACGGCGUUGUAGAACAUGCGUAGAAGACGUGGAUGAUGGAAGAUAC